AUGUUUUUCGUUUCAUUAUCACAGCCAAGUGGUUUCGCAGCUUUGGUGCUUGCGAUAUGCCAGUUUUUCCUUUGCGUUGAGGCUGCUCAACUGCCUUCCCGACCAUGGCGCAGAGCUACUGAUGAGACCGGAGUCAAGCGGCGGCAAGAGGGCAGUCCAACCGCACCCAACUUCAUCCGAAGAGCGCACCACGACUCCAUCGUCCUUGGAGACUAUAUCUACAUCGACGGCGGAGAGGUUUCGCAGUACAUUAAUGGCAAGGCCGACUCCCUAUCUGUUCGCCAAAACAACAACACUCUUUCCAUCUACCUUGGCUCGUCCUGGGACGCCUCAAGCGUGGAGAUACAGACCAUCGACAAGCAAGACGCACCCGUCUACAAGGAUCCCAGUCUUUGGUCCAACGGCAAAGAUGGAAUAUACAUGUUUUCUGGCGAACCGAGCUAUUACUUAGACGAGACAUCUGCAGAUAUAGCGCUCUGGAAAUUCACAGCAACAUCAUCUGGAAGCGGAACCUGGGACAAGCAGAAUCCGUCCGACGCGCGGGGGUUCAACCAAUUAACACGGCCUGCCAUGGCGCUUGCAGCCAGCUACCACAAUACUGGCUAUGUACUCGGAGGUUGUGCGUCUGGGGUACCAGUGCCUGGAAUGGUGUCUUACAACUGGACGAGCGGGCAAUGGAGCAACGCUUCGACCUCGGCGUAUACGGCUUUGGGAACAGCGGUUGCGGGUAAGUUGCAUCAUGUGCCGAUGUAUGGGAAGGACGGCUUGCUGUUCUUGCUCGGGGGAUCGAGCACUGCGACCAUGACGGGGUGCCGUGAGAAUGGACGCGAUCGCUCGCAAAUCCCUUUCAACAACAUCACUAUCUACGACCCUGAGGAUGGGAAGUGGUAUUCGCAGACUACAACUGGGGACUCUCCUCCCAUGAGAGAAACAUUUUGUCUCGUAGGGGCUCAGGGGAACAACGACACAUAUGAAAUAUUUGUUAUGAGCGGGUACGACUCGUUCCAUGAAAAGACACUGGAUGACAUGUACAUUCUUUCGCUCCCAGGCUUUCAUUGGUUCCGCGUCUCUGACACAUCCGGCUCGAAUCGUUAUGCUCACACCUGCAACCUUGUUGGUAAUCGACAAAUGCUCUCCAUUGGAGGCAUAGACUGGGACAAAGGAUUUCCUGAGGCUUGGCAGGAUGUUGACCCGUGGGAGCAAGGUCUCGGCGUAUUCGACUUGACAGAGCUGAAAUGGAAAACCAACUACGACGCCGGUGCCGACGCCUACAAAUCACCGCAAGUGGUACAGGACUGGUAUAAUCAAGGUAACGCAAAAGAUGUCGCGUGGAGGGACGAUCAAGUCCGCGCACUCUUCUCUGCCGAAACCGCUGCUCAGGCGGGACCCAGCAACAGCAGUAGCAGCAGAGACGAUGAAGACGGCUCUACCUCGAACAACACGGGUGCCAUUGUCGGCGGCACAGUCGGCGGCGUUGCAGCCCUGCUUCUUCUGGCCUGUCUAGCAUGGUUUCUUCUCCGGCGGCGAAAGCGAGCAAACUCUGCAAAUAUCCAUGGAGCCACAUCUCAGCCGAUCACCUACACACACCAGCAGGAGUAUCCUAACAAUUUCAGUGACGUCGGAUAUAGGCCUGUCGCCGAGGCAGAUUGGGAACGAGCUGUGUCAGAGAUGCCGGCGAAUAAGGUCGUUCGGGAGCUGCCUAAUGCUACUUCGGUGCAGGAACUGCCGAACUAG